AUGUCUACCCAAGAUGUUAUCGAAUCUAAUUUUGUCGAUGAUGUUGAUUAUGUUCAAUCAACACAUACACAAGAGGCACAUUCUCUAGGAAAUACAAGAGGUGAAAGUGAGAGUAGAAGUACUAAGAGAAAGAGAACAUCUCCUGCAUGGGAUCAUUUUACAUUGCAAAAAAUUGAUGGUAUACUGAAGGCAGUUUGUAACCAUUGUGGGAGGAAAUUAGGGGGAGAGAGUAGUAAUGGGACUAAACAUUUGCUUGCUCAUGUGAAAAGAUGCCCAGUAAUAAAGGAACAACUUGCCAUGAAUCCUAAUCCUAAUGCAAGUCCUUCAGUCACAACUUACAAUUUUGAUCUUGAACUAGGGAGAAAAAAGUUAGCUCAAAUGAUCAUUCUACAUGAAUACCCUUUAUCGAUGGUUGAGCAUAGUGGUUUUAUAGACUAUUCAAAUACUCUUUGCCCUAUGUUUAAAAUGUUGUCAAGGAAUACAAUUAGGUCUGAUAUUUUGAAAAUGUACAAGGUUGAGAAGGAAAAAUGUAGCCAAAUUUUGGAGAAGAAUAGAAGUAGAAUAGCUAUAACCACUGAUAUGUGGACUGCCAAUCAUCAAAAGAGGGGAUAUAUGACUGUGAUAGCUUAUUUCAUAGAUGACUCUUGGAAGUUGCAUAGUAGGAUUAUAAGUUUUAAGUAUGUACCAUGCCCACAUGAUGCUGUAACACUUACUGAUACAUUGAGUUCGUGUCUGUCUGAAUGGAAUAUUGAAGACAAGAUUAGUACAGUGACUGUGGAUAAUUGUACGACUAACGAUGCAAUGAUUCCACUUUUGAAGGAAAAAUUUAAUUCUAACUGUUUCAUUUUAAAAGGAAAGCUACUUCACAUGCGUUGUUGUGCGCAUAUUUUGAAUCUUAUUGUCAAGGAUGGCUUGUCUGUUAUUGGUGAUAGCAUUGACAAGAUUCGAGACAGUGUUGCUUAUUGGUCGGGCACACCAAAGAGGUAUGAGAAAUUUGAGGACACUGCUCGUUCUCUUGAAGUGACAUGUACUAAAAAGUUAUCACUUGAUUGUCAAACAAGGUGGAAUUCAACAUACUUGAUGCUUAACAUAGCUUUAUUGUACAAUAGAGUAUUUAAACAAUUAAAACUACGUGAUUCAAGAUAUGUUAGAUAUGCGCCAUCAGAAGAUGAUUGGAUUAGAGCUCAAAAAUUGUGUGACAAGUUGGAAGUGUUUCAUGAGGUGACAGAGUUGUUUUUAGGAACCAAGUAUCCUAAAACUAAUCUUUUUUUCCCAAAGAUGUGUCAAAUUAAAAUGAGAAUUAAAGCAUGGAUGACACUAGAUGAGCCCUUUAUUAGGGACAUGGCAACUCAAAUGAUGUCUAAGUUUCAAAAGUAUUGGGAAGAGAUUCAUGGGCUUAUGACUGUGGUUGUUGUUUUGGAUCCAAGAUAUAAGUUUAUGUUGAUCGAAUAUUAUUUUCCUACCAUUUAUGGAAAUGAUCAAUAUGAGAUUGAAAUUGAGAAGGUCCGCAAGCUUUGUUAUGAGCUACUAGAAGAGUACAGUUCUAAGUUUCCUAAUCUUAGAGAAAGAAGUCAGCAAAUGGAUAGUGUAUCAGCAUCUUCUCAAACACAAAUAGAUGAUCUAUCUAACUUUGACACAUAUGUUAGAGUUGCAUAUGGUGUAGAGAAUGUGAAGUCAGAGUUAGAACUCUAUUUGGAAGAGAAAUUGAUACCUAGGACUGAUGAGUUCUUUGAUAUAUGCAAUUAUUGGAAAAUAACAGGACUCAAAUAUCCUAUGUUGAAUAUGAUUGUCAAAGAUAUAUUUGCUGUGCCUAUUAGCACUGUUGCUUCGGAAUCUACAUUCAGUACUGGCUGUAGACAUGUGGGUUCACACUGA